AUGCGUAAAUCGUUGCUAGCAUUACACCAGACGGGGCAUGGAGCCGCAUUGGUAAUCAGUUCAAGUGCGGGAAGUCCGAUUGGUAUGAUCACGGUCACCGAUUGCCUUCGGGCAGUUGUUGUUGCCAGUAGCAUUGAUCCAGCAAUUGGCGAUCGUUCAAUUCGCGAUUUUAUCAAAGUUUACGGUAAAAAGAAGCUCAUCGCUGCAACCAUCAAUAUGUCGUCAGUUUUUCCAUAA